AUGGCGGCUUUGGCUUCCACUCCCGCCGCGGCGGCGUCUACGUCGCAAACCAGCGAAACCUCCAGUCCCUUCGUCUCAAAAUGGUCUUCCCGUUAUCGCGGUGCCACAGUAGAAGACAUCGACCCCCCCGCCGCCCUCUCCCUGACGCCGACCGACCCCAUCUCCCACGCCCUCAUCUCCGCCUUUGAGCGCGACUACACCCACCUGACCGUCGUCGACGCCCACCGCGCCCUCGUCGGCUAUCUCGCCAUCCCCCACCUCCAGGCCCUCCUCGACGCCGGCAAGGUUAAGCCCGAGGACCCCCUCUCCAAGGCCAUGGUCCGCUUCCAGCGUAAGGGCCGCACCUACCGCGUCAUCACCAUGCAGACACCCCUCGAGGAGCUCGAGGCCUUCUUCGCCGGAGACGGCGUCGAGGCGAAGAAGAGCCACUUUGCUGUCAUCACUGACGAGAAGCGGCGUUUCGUGCUCGGCGUUGCGACGGUGCAGGAUCUCGAGGAGUUUGUCAAGAGGAGACCGGCGUGA